CCCCGUCCCGGUGGCAAUAAAAGGAGGCAGCGGAGGGCAGCGGGCAGCAGCUGCCGAGCCGGGCAGAGCCGAGCCCAGCAGAGCCCAGCCCAGCAGAGCCCAGCUCAGCUCGCAGCGCUCACCGCCCCCUCCCCUGCCCGGCAGCAGCCGCCUCUGGAGCUGACACCUUCCAAAUCUGCUAAAAACAAACAAACAAACCAACAAAAAUGGAAACCAUGCAUGAGCUGAUCCCCUUUGCCAAAGAAAUGCUCAGCCAGAAGCCCAACAGGAAAAUGGUCAAGCUGUACAUGCUGGGCAGCGUGCUGGCGUUCUUCAGCGUGGUUAUUGGUCUGGUGGAGACAGUGUGCAGUCCCUUCACCUCCGAAGGGAGGCUAGAGGAGGAGGAGGAGAAGAAAGCUGCCCCGGCACGAGAGCAAGAGCUGCCUCAGAAACAGGAGGAUUUGAUCUUGGAAAAGAGCAAGAAGACGGUGGCGAUACAGAGGGCCCUGGUGACCAGACAGCACGCUUCCUAAGAGCCCCGCGCCCGGAGAGCUGCCUGCCAGCAACCAAGCACAAGAGACUCUGCUGUCCUAUCGUACCUGGUGGUGGUUCCAGCAAGAGAGAAAGGUUGGCUGAAGGAGGAGACCGCAAGGACAAGACUUGAAAGAAGUGAACGGUUAUAUUUGCUGCUGUGCAGCAGUGGGGAAAAAAUACCUUUUGUUGGUAUAAAAAUGUGCAAGAUGCACAGCAUGGUUUCUUAUUUUUAUUACAGAUGCAUUUUACAACAUUUUACAAAAUCAAUAAAUAUUUUAUAUGGUA